AUGGCUGCCCUCACCAUGACUCCCCCAACUCGCCAGCCCUUUGCCAGCCUGGACACUCCCAGAAUGCGUCCGAUCAUGAGGGCAAGAAUGAACCGCCAGAACCAACACCUCGGCGCCUCCAAAUCGGCUCAGUCAGCCAAAACCUCUUCGUGCUUUAUCAUCGAGGAUGCAGAGAACAUUGCCCCUCAAUCCCACAGUCAAGCUGGGAAACGAAAACGCACCUUGGAAGACGAGGACGGCACUUCUACAGGCUCUCCGAAGCCAUUAAAGUCGUCCCGCUUGGCGCUUUCGAUUUGCGAUAUGAACUUCUCUCCACGCCUCUCAACUCCGAUCAAGCUCCCUCUGUCGACCCCCAAAUCGGCCCCGAUUGUCAAACCCGCCGGUCGCUCCCCUCCACCCAAGUCUUCCCUGUCCGCCAGGCGAUCAACCAUCGGCAAGUCGCGUCCGGAAUCCACCAGACGCGCUGGUGUCGCUCGUCCCUUCUCCCUGGCCAAGGCUCUUUCUCAUGGCAAGAUCAAGUCGCCUGCGCCUCCCCAGCCCAAGGGUCCCUCUUCCUGGUUCUUCGACAUCCACGUGGAUUCGGAGCAAGAGGAGAUGACCAACCUGAUGCAGCACUCGACCGGCGUUCUGGAUAUCAGUGACGACGAGAGCAAGGUCACUCCUGUCGAUGACCGUGGCAAAGAGAACGUGCCCCCUGCUGAGUUGGGCAUUGAGCUGGCGCCCGCUGGGGGCGUGGUCAGCCCUGCAGCGGAGACGCGCAACGUCGCGAAAAUGGAGCAGGACCGCGCGCCCCUGGGUGAGCUCAAUGCAGCGGAUUAUUAUCCAGAGGGUUGCAACGCCUUCUCCGUUGCAAUUGUCCAUGAUGAUGACGGCGAGUCGUUGGUCACUGCUCCCACCAAGAGUUCCCCACUCUCCCAAUCUGUCAUCAUUUCCUCCGCCGCCACUGAUCCCAUCACCUCUGACUUGGUGACAGAUCUGGCCAAGGGGAAAGAUGGUGAUGAGGAGGACGGACCUUCGACCGAUGCGGCCGAUGCUGGUCGGGAGUAA